AUGGAGCGGAGUGACCGGCUACUAAAAGAGCUGCACGAAAAAGAAGAUGUGAUUGCAGAGCUGAAGGAAAACAGCCGAAAGGAGCGGGACAGAAUUGGGGUUCUUUAUAAAAAAGUAGGGACUCUUCAGGAAGAGGUUGAGAGGUUAAAAGAGUUGCUGCGAAGUACUAAGAAGCACUUGUCUAUAUACGAAAGAAAGGCAGCAAGCGCUGAAAAAAGAGGAAAAGGUCCAGACAAAAAAAGCACUCAGUCUUGUAAAAGAGCCGCAGAGUACACUCACUAGCAGAAUUUUAGUACUGGAGUCAAUUAUAAGAGAGCUGGGCAGUCAGCUGAAUCUUCCGGUGAAUGAGAUUAUAGCUCUUUCUGAAAUAUGCACGGAAAAUGAUCCACUUCUGAAGAAUGUCCUGCAAAACAACGAAGAAAACGACAACAACGAAGAUUUAAUCGAUUAUUUAGAUAAAAAUGGUGUAAACAGCAUACUUGGCAUAGAAAUAGACCGAUCUGGUAUAGACUAGAAAUUCUGGGUGUAUCGUGGCCAUCUAUAAAUAAACAGCA